AUGAAAAUUGAUAAGGAAAGUAUAGAUAAUGAAAAUAAUAAACAUAUUGAGGACAUCAAUAAGGAUAUAAAUAUUAGCAGAACAGAAAAAGAAAAUAGUCAACCAAAGUCCAAUCAUAUUGAAAAUAAAAGUAAAACAGAUACAGAUAAAGAGCAUAGUCUCUCAAAUACAAAAAAAAAGAUUAGAGAAAUCCAUAAUACUACAUCUGUUAGACCAAAAAUCUAUAAUCUUGCUAACAAUACAGAGGAUCUAGAUUCGCAACUCCCAAGAAAAAAAACCAAAAUAGAUUCAAAUGUUACUACAACUGCAAUAGAUAUUCCAGGAUAUGUAGCUAUUAGAAAAGACAGGACAUGUAAUGGAGGAGGACUUAUUAACUAUGUUAAAGAAUCAAUUAAAUUUAAAAAAAUUGAUAAAUUUGAUGAUAAGUAUCUUAUGUUGAAUAUUGAAUUUAUAAUAUUAGAACUGGUAAUGUCAAAGCGCUCAAAACCUAUUGUCUUGCUAAGUGUCUAUCGAGUUCCUCAAGCAAAAAAUGAAUGGUGGAAAAAUUUUAAUGAAUUAAUAAAAGAAAUCUCCAAAAAAUGUCAUCUAAUUUUAAUGGGUGACCUUAAUGCAGAUCUCAUUAAAUCAAGUGUCAAUCCAGGUAAAUCGCUAUUAUGUUCACUUAACCUAGCAGGAGUGAGGAUUCAGAACACUGAGCCCACCAGAAUAUCAAAUACCUGUUCCACAUGCCUUAAUAUUAUUGCCAUAGAUCAUAAUCUAGAGUGCCUUAAGUACAAAGUAAAUAACAACUCAACUAGUGAUCAUUUUCCUGUAUCAGCAUCAAUUAAAACAGAUUCAAUUAUAAAUAAACUGAAACCCGUAUUGAAAAGAUCAUUUAAAAAUGUAAACUUUGAAGACCUCAAUAAAAGAAUUGAAUUAAUUAAACUUGAGCUAUCAAUGACAGCAAACGAACUAGUAAGUACUUGGUAUAAUGCAAUUAGAAUAAUUAUAGACGAAUUUGCCCCAGUUAAAAAAUUUCCAUACCGAACAACUAGACCUCAAUGGAUUUAUGAAAAAAUAAAAAUUAUGAUAAAAAGAAGAGAUUAUUUAGCUAAAAAAAGGGGAAAAUAUAUAGACUUUACAAAUGAAAAAGAAAAAGAACUUAAGGAUAUUAAAAAACAGAUCAGAAGCCUUAUAAGGAAGUUUGAAAUAGAAAAAGGAACAGAAGCAUUUCAUAGCAAAAACCCUAAAGAUGGUUGGAAAUAUAUUAAGCAAAUGUGUUUCAAUACUAAAGAUAAAAAUUGUACCCUUGAUAAAAAUAUAAUCAAUUUUGACAAUCUAAAUGACCAUCUAGCUUCAACAGUUCAAUGCAAAGACAGGACUUCACUUGUAUGGCCAGACGGAUGUGAUCAAAUCGACAGCUUUAAUGAAGGUGUAUUUCCUGACAUCUGGAAAAAAGCUAAUAUUACAACAAUAUGGAAGGGAAAAGGCAGUAAAUCUGAUCUGGAAAACUAUCGCCCAAUCUCAGUAUUACCAUUACUUUCGAGAGUUUAUGAAAAAAUAAUAUGCAGACAACUAUCCGAAUAUAGUGAAGCUAAGAUAUUAAUACCAAUCCAGCAAUUUGGCUUCAGGAAAAACUCCAACUGUGAAACAGCAUUAAUAACAGCAACUAACUUCUGGUAUAGCUCGCUAAAUGAAGGAAAACUUGUAGGCACCCUAUUGAUAGAUUUAACAAAAGCAUUUGACAGUGUUCCACAUCAAAACCUACUAAAUGAGCUUGCUAAAAUAGGAUUAAACCAAAAAGCUGACAACAUUACUCUAUCAGCUGCAGACAGCUCAAUAGAAGAUGUCACUGAGAAACUAAGCAAAGCAUUUGAAGAUACAAAUAAGUUCUGUGUUGAUUAUGGUUUCACCAUCAACUCCAGUAAAACGCAACUUAUAGUUUUCAAAUCACCGAGAAAAAAACUUCCUGAUAACUUACACAUUAAAAUUGGAAAUAUUGAGGUUCAACCAGUAACUCAUGUGAAGCUAUUAGGGGUCACUAUAGAUCAACAUCUCCAAUUUAAAGAACAAAUAGAUUCAACCGUUAAAAAAUGUCACUCUAGUAUGGGAAUAUUGGCAAAAGCAUCUGUCAGGCUUCCAAGGGAACUUUUGAAAAUUGCGUAUACAGGACUUAUACGAAGUCAACUAGAGUAUGCCAGCAUAUUGUACCUUGGUCAAUCCAAAGCACAACUAAAGAGACUUGACGUUAUACAAAAGCAGUGUGUGCGAAUUUUAUGUCACAAACCUAGGAACACUCAUUCAGCUCCCCUUUUGGAAGAACUAAAGCUUGACACCUUUGGGGAGCGAAGAAAGGUUCAUGCAACAAAAAUAGUAAUGUCGGCAUUGUCGGGAGUGUGCCAUCCAUCUUUGGCUAAUAUGUUUAAAAUGAACGAUGACUCAAACCUUAUUGUCAAAAAAGCGGCGAAUCGACUAGGAAGUAAAGGCUUUCAUAUUGUAGGGGCCAACAUAUUCAACAAAGUUGGCUUCUAA